AUGUCCACCAGCAAAUUAGAUGCAGUUUACAGGAGCAUACUGCUUACAAAAUUUUUCACUAAAGGUUGGGGUAAACCUGAAAACCUUCGUAGGUUAUUUGAGUUCAGAAAAGUAGUUUCAAAUCGAGAUGAAUGCUUUAAAUUAGUAGAGAAGGACUAUCCAGUCACUAUAACCAAGGAACAAAAUCUAUCAGAUUGUCGACUUUUAGAGGGUUAUUUUGUCACUCCAAUGGAAAAACAUUUGCCAGGUAUAGUACCUGAAAUUGCACAAAAAGCUCAUUUCCAAAUGUUGUUACCUAUUCAUUGGCAAGAACAAAAUUGUAAACCCGUCUGUUUGCAUCUUGCUGGCACUGGGGAUCAUUACUUCUGGAGGAGAAGAAAUUUAAUGGUAAAACCUUUACUAAAGGAAGGUAUAGGUGGUAUCAUACUUGAAAAUCCAUUUUAUGGCCUUCGUAAACCCACUGACCAAGUGCGUUCCUCUUUACAUAAUGUGUCGGACAUUUUCGUAAUGGGCGGAUGUCUUAUCCUUGAAUCAUUGGUACUAUUUCAUUGGUGUGAGCGUAAUGGGCUGGGUCCGCUUGGAGUAACAGGGCUCUCAAUGGGUGGACAUAUGGCUUCUUUAGCAGCAACAAACUGGCCUAAACCUUUGGUACUAGUUCCUUGUUUAUCUUGGUCGACAGCAUCAGCUGUGUUUUUGCAGGGUGUCAUGGCCCAUUCAAUAAAUUGGGAUCUGUUAGAGUCCCAGUACUUAUCAGAUGGUGCAUACAGAGAAAAGCUUUCAAAGAUGGUGACUAUUGUUGAUGAAGCUUUCCUUGCAGGAAAAAAAUUUGCUCAAACAUACUCACAGAGAAUGGAGGCACCAAAUGAAACAACAGAUCAAAUUAUUAAAAAUGUUAUAGAACCAACAUAUCCUCUUGACAUAACAUAUAAAGAAAAAAGUCUUCCUCAUAUAUCUGAGGACGUACUGAGUAGGAAACGGAAAGAAGUGCCUAUUGCAAUGGAAGCAAAGAAAAAGUUUGCUCAAAAUGAAAAUGAUAAACUCAAAAUAUUACUUGAUGAAAAUAAAAUUAGGCAAAGUUUGUAUGAUAAGUUAACAUCGAAUGAGAAAUUUGAGUUAGAGUCGCAAGAUAUUGAGAUUAUAAAUAAAUUGUCUGAAGAUAGUAAACGGGAGGUGCUAUUAAAAUGUAAGAUUGAUAAUAAAACCUUUAAUUCUAAAAUAGAGCCUAUCACAACUGAGAUAAUCUUGGAAAAAUCAAAAGUGGUAAACACAAAAAAGAUCGAAGCAGUACCAGCAAUUAAGGAUAUUGAGAAGCCAAAAACAGAAAAAAAAUCAUGGAAUGUAACGGACUUGACGUCGGAUCUAUGGGUUAAUUUACCAUUCAUGAAAUCGAGUGGGAAGAAGAUAGAUAUAGGCAAAAUACAUUGGAGGGACAGAGAGGCACUACAAUUUAUGAGGGGCAUUAUGGACGAGUGUACUCAUUUGAGUAAUUUCUCCAUUCCAUAUGAUACUUCAUUGAUUAUAGCGGUAUGCGCCAAACACGACGCGUACGUACCUCGAGAGGAUGUUGGCGCUCUUGAAGAGAUCUGGCCUGGUGCUGAAGUGCGCUAUGUGGAUGCGGGUCACGUGUCGGCGUAUAUAUUGCACCAAUCACUCUUUAGAUCUUGUAUCAAAGAGGCGUUCGAAAAGUCGAAAAAGAAGUGGACAGAUGGAAAACACAUAGAAUGA